AUGUCCUCUUAUCCACAGGAAGAAGAUCACUCAAGGCAUCUUGAGUAUUCGCAAGGUGGCAAUUAUGCAGCAGACUUUGAGUACUCACGCGACAACGGUGGCCCAGCACACGCCGAGUACCCACGAGGCGACGGUGACCCGGCACACUUCGAGCACCCACGAGCCGACGGUGACCCGGCACACUUCGAACACCCAAAAGAAGACAGUCACGCAGCGUAUUCCUUGAGCCCACAAGACAGUCGCGCAGAAUAUAGCUCAAACCCACAAGAAGACAGUCGCGGAGUACACUUCAAAAAUCCGCAGCAUGAGUAUUAUGCAACAAACGGCGAGUACAACUAUAACGCAGUACCCUUCAGGCGGGCAUUCGAAGUCGUGCACUAUUCAGAUGGGCCGUGGACCGAGGAGGCGGAGGAGGCGGAGGAGGCGGCCUUUUCGCAGGGCUUUCCAUCAAGGGACGGCAAACGUGUUUACAUGCCCUGGAACGAGCUGCCGUAUCACACCUUGGGAAUCGAGCAUAGGCAACCUCCCUCAUCUGAUGAGAAGGACAAAGAGACUGAAGCCUCUCAACCCGCUGAGACCUAG